GUUGCGCGCUGAGGCUGGGAGACACCGCCUGCGGCCCAGCCCGCCCUCUUCCGCUGAGGCCUCCGGCAUGGAAACAUCUGAACCACGUGCCGGAAACCCGCUCACGCCGACGCCGGCGCGCCACUCCUUGUCGUUUGGCGCCGAGCUGCCGCGCAUGUCAUCGCGAGACCAGCUCGCCGAAAUGGCCGCGUCCACUCAAGGGCAUUUUGAGUCACUGGACCUUGCAGAAUAUGCUAAGAAGCAGCCAUGGUGGCGCAAGCUGUUCGGGCCAGAAACUGGGCCCUCGGCUGAAAAGUACAGCGUCGCAACACAGCUAUUAAUCGGAGGUGUCACUGGAUGGUGCACAGGUUUCAUAUUCCAGAAGGUUGGAAAGUUGGCUGCAACAGCUGUGGGAGGAGGAUUUUUUCUCCUUCAGAUUGCAAACCAUACUGGCUACAUCAAAAUUGACUGGCAACGAGUAGAGAAGGACAUGAAGAAGGCCAAGGAACAGCUGAAGAUCCGCAAGAGCAACCACUUACCUACAGAGGUGAAAAGCAAAGCCGAGGAGAUGGUGUCAUUUGUGAAGAAGAACGUUCUAGUGACUGGUGGAUUUUUCGGAGGUUUUCUGCUUGGCAUGGCAUCCUAAGGAGGAUUUCCUCGUUUCCGUUAUUCCCGGUUUCUGUACCUAGAUCAGCCUCUACACUCCAUCAUAGGACAUCGAGUCUCCUCCUCCUCUUCUCCUGUGCCUUCCUCCCUGCUGUAGCAUAUCUGAAUGGCUUCUAUAGGCAUCUGUUGAUACGAACUGAUAAUGACCCUCCUGUGAGCCUCAUGACAACAACGGAAGAGACAAUAGACUACCUGUCCUCCCAGAACACUCCCCACUUGACUGAGCUAUAGGUUAGGAAUGUUCCUUUCCCCCCCGACAUCAGAUACUUACUAGCACACAGUGCAAUAUAGCUCACUGUGGAGGAUAAGUGGAUUCUCAAAGGUGCCCCAAACUUGAAUCAGAACAGGAAUAACAAGCACAUAGAUACCUUAUUAUGUGCGACAUGGAAAGGAACUGAAUACAUUUGCCUUUAAGCAUGAAAGAUUUUUGGUGUCUACUUUCUUUUUUAGUUGGCUUUGGAUUACAGAAAGAGAGGUAUUUAUAACUUACAAUUAUCCUGACAAAAUGGUGGCAUAAACGCUAUAAUUGAAAAGUUACGGAUGUAGAAUGAACUUGUGCUAAACAUAUAUGAUGAACUGAAGAUACGGUGUUUGGUGGGAAAAACUUUAGGGAAAUCAACCAAUAGAUCCAUCAUUGGAUAAUCAGACUUAAUGAAUCAUUUUGGGGCGUUAAGAUGUUAUCCGGGGAUGGGGGGUUUCCACCAUACAGGAUAAUGCAUCUCAUGGCUAUUCCCAAAGUGUUUAUUUAUGGUCAAAUAAAUGACUUUAGCUGGGAGGAGGAAGCUCUUGGUUUUGUUCUGUUUUUUUUUUCAUACAGUUUUAAGCUUUGAAAUGUGAAGUAUUCUUUACUUCUUGACAAAGCAUUAGGGGUAGUUGGCUCCUUUGUGCCAAUUCUGUUUCUUUACCCAGUUAGUAUAAAAUACGUAACAUUUGAACCAGUUUUAAAGAGGUAGCAUCCCUGUCCUGGCCAAUUUGACUCUGGUUAGAGUGUCAGCCCAUGGACUGAAGGGUCCCAGGUUCAAUUCCGGUCAAGGGCAUGUACCUGGGUUGCAUGCUCGAUCCCCAGCCCUGAUAGGGGCAAGUGCUGGAGGCAACCAAUGGAUGGGUCUAUCUCACAUCGAUGUUGCUCUCUCUCUGUAUCUCCCCCACCCACUCUCUCUAAAAACCAAUGGAAAAAUAUCUUUGGGUGAGGACACAAUAAAAUAAAAAUGUAGCAUCCCAGGUAUUCAGAAUUGAGAAUGGUGGCAUAACACAUGUGAAAUAAAUUAUUUCCAUCAUGA